AUGGUCCGCGGCGGACCCAAUCCGCCAGGUACCAUCCGUACCUGCAGGCCAGAGGCAAUCAAGAGAAGAGGCGGCGGCGAUCAAGGUGGGUGGGACCCAGCCACAAAAUGCUUCACCCAAGGGAUGAUGCCGUGUGUCUCGGACCUUUAUCAGGGCUCAUUGGGUCAGGCAAACAAGCGCAACGUUAACAGCGAUGCAUCGAGGGUGUCCCACAAACAAAAGAGGAAUGAAAUGCAAUUGGGACAAAAAAUAGCCGCCCAAGAGGACGAGAUUCGAAAGCAAUCGGAAGCCCUGCAACGGCAGGCGCAGGACAUUCGCGUGGUGAUGCAAGAGCGGGGAUUCUACCGCCCAGAGAGAGACUUCUACUGCGAUCAUGCCAGGCAAUUAGAACCGGCUAGCCAGCUCCUAGCCCGGCCCGUUUCACCCCCAGGGGUUUCGAGUGUCCCUUAA